AUGCCGGAUAGAGCGACAUUGGUGACAUUCUGCUCGAUUUCUAUCAGCAUCGGAAUGAUUGCCGUUUGUGGAAUUAUCGCGAAUAUCAUCUGCAGUGACAUCAGCGACUUUUACGACGCUUCUAUGAAGGAGUUCAAAGCCUUUCAGAUUCUCACUGAUGAUGCGUGGACGGAAGUGGUAAACAUGGAAGUUCAGCCUUCUGAAGAGCUCACAUUCAUCAAUUUCAUUAAUAGGACGAAGAGAAACAGCGAAGUUCCAGAUUUUUGCAGCUGCAUUCAGGAGUCUGUGUGCCCUCCUGGUCCGUCAGGCUCACCGGGACUCGAUGGUGAAGAUGGAGUACCUGGUGUACCUGGACCGUGCGGUCCUGAUGGAAUAGACGGGAGUCUCCAACUCAAUUACAGCAGUGAAACAGGUUGUAUACUGUGCCCUGCAGGACCACCUGGUCCUCGUGGACAGCCUGGUCCGCCUGGACUGAGAGGUCCAACAGGCCUUGACGGAGCCCAUGGAAAGAGUUUAUACGUUCGAAGCAAACCAGGACCAGCUGGUCCUCCAGGAGAUCCUGGUCCACCCGGUCUCGACGGACCUCCAGGAUUUCCUGGAUAUCCAGGGAGAGAUGGCGUCCGUUACAUACAACAGACAGGACCUCCUGGAAUGCCUGGACCACGUGGUCCUCCAGGUCCACCUGGUCUUAAUGGUGUUGCUGAAGAAGGACCUGAUGGGUUACCCGGUCUGCGAGGCAGGCCUGGAUGGCCCGGUAUGCCAGGACCUAUGGGCAAACAAGGCCCGGCUGGAACACCAGGCGAACCAGGGGUCGACGCUGAGUAUUGCCCUUGCCCUCCACGCGGUUCUGGUAACAUCCCACAGUCGGUCAUUAGUAGCGGCUACGAAGUCGAUACAGUUCUGACAGGUAGAUUGCAGUCAGCUCGAGAUUCUCAAGAUACGAAGAAGGCGAAGUUUGCCAAAACGUCUGCUUUUCUUGCGAAUGAAUAG